UCUCUAAAAAGAUGUUUUAAGUCCUAAGCGAGACCCCCACCAAUCGGAGGCCCUAGGCGGCUGCCUAGUUUGUCUAUCACUAAGGCCGGUCCUGAAAGAUUUACAAAUCAUCCUGAAUAAGAUGGACGUGUAAUGUGUUUUGUAACCCUACCAAAGUAUGAAAACAUCGUUGUCAGUUAUCAGCUGUUAUCAAGCGAGUCAGUGAAGGGUUUUUUUCUUUUGCGCUGUCUAGUGUGGUUGUUUUUGGAUAAUCAAUUAAUUAAUUCCUAGGGUCUCCUUUUGAAAACGUGACCAUGCCACUCUGUUACCUUUACACCAAUAAAAAAGAGUCGGAGCUGAAGGAUGGCAUUGAAAGUAGAAUUGCAAAUGUUGUGGCUGAGGUGCUGGGAAAACCUUUGGAGAGGAUGAUUAUAACAGUUGUUCCUAAUGUACGGAUGUUCAGACAAGGUAACACAGAACCAACAUGUACUCUGGAAAUCAGUGCUGUAGGUGUAUUUGAUGCUGAAAGAAAUUCUACGUAUUCUCCCACUAUUAAGAAAUUAUUGCAAGAUGAACUGGACCUUCCAGCAGAAAGAUGUGUGAUUGUUUAUACAGAUUUGGAUGUAAAUUUUGUUGGUUAAAACCUCUGGGAGCUGCAAGUUCUUCAGCAUUCGUCUUUAUAUGGAUUUUAACAUUUUUUUUGUUCACUUUACAAAGAUAUUUUAUAAUGUCAACCCAAAAUGAACGUAUGAAUCAUGGAAAGGUAAGGGGCCAUAUUUAUCUAUGAUUGAUUUAUAUAUGAUAUCUAUUGACUCAUGUUUGAGUUUAUGCUAGUCUCUUAAAUGCUAAUAUUUAAGUCUGUAUCUAAAUUUCUUGGCUGAAAUUUAUAUAGGUCUGUAUCUAAAUUUUUUGGUUGAAAAUGUAUGCAGGUCUGUAUUAAAUUGUUCUUUACUGGACAUUUGUUUAGGUCUGUAGUUAACUGUGCUAUUUACACACCAUAACUGUGUUUUUAACAUGCUUUACUAGUUUUUAUAUGAAAUUAUAUAUUUUUUGGUGUGAAAAUCUAUAGCCUUAUGGGAAAUGUAUAUUGUUAUUAUGAAGAGAUGCUGACAUUGUAGACUAUUAUAUCAGUGUUCUUCAUGGAGAUAUGAAAUUAUUAGUUGCACAAAAUAUUCAGGCUAAAAAGAAAUGGUAGGAAUCACUGAUCUAUAUAUUCUUUUCUUCAGAGUAUCAGAAAUAGGUAUACGGGAAAUUUUGUUGUAAAGAAGAUCAAUUAAAAAAUCAAUGAAUUUACUGAUAAGUGAGUGCAGAAAGAACAUUUUAUUUAUUAUUAAUAUAAUCUGAUGUCUAGCCUAGUCUAUAUAUCUGUUAUUAAAACUGCAUCAUUUUUUCACAAUUUUGAUUUAGAAGAAAAAAAUUUGAAGAUUCCAAAAGGCUUUUAACAGAACAUCAUAAAUGUUCAUCUAGAAUUUGGAUUGAAGGUUCAUUAUUUUAAAUGUACAUGAAGAUUUUAGUAUGUUAUAAUUGUAAUGAUAUAUAUUGUAUUUUAAUAUAUGUCUUUUGUUUGUAUGAUUUAAAUUUUCAAGAAAAUGGCUACUACAAGAAUUGUUAUUAAUUGUCAGGUUUUUUCCUUCUUUGCCUAUUAAUCAGAAUACUAAAUUUAGUAUAGCUGUUAUAUCAGUUUGUUACUGAUUUUAUAUUCUAUGCAUCAAUAUAUUUAUUUGGAAAUAGUGUCUAUAUUUUUGUGAUAUCAAUAAAUCCAUAUUUUAUCAAA